AUGAUGAUGUCGCCGCUGCAAUCUCCUGCUGCAGCUCGGGCCAGAGCACAGCGCCAACCACGAACGCCCAACAACAAGCGAAUGCCUAGUAGCCUCAUGGACUUGAAGCGCGAGUCGAACAGCCGCAAGUACGAUAUUGGUGCUCUCGCCACUCCUGCUCGACGAGCGCCACUGGCCCGAUCCAACACCAUUGAUGCAGUGCCAUCCUUCUGUACGCCACAACGAAACGCUACAGACACCAGGAGGCGUAACUCCACUACCUCUGGGGUUCCCCUGGUCAUGCCUGGCAAUCUCGAUGACUCUUCUGCUUCCAACGUACAACAAGAACCCGAGAGCCCCAUGAGGCGAACGUAUUCGGCGGACAGUCUGGUCACUCCUUCUCGAAAGAAUAGGACACUCUUUCGAUCCAACAGCAGCACCGACUCAGUAGUACUGCCAUCGUUCUGCACUCCCAGUCGCCAGCGAAACUUCACGGAUGAUGGGACUACUACAAAUAGAAACUCCAAGUCCAGAGCUGCCUCUAUGGUGAUGCCUGCCAAUCUGGAUGGCGACGACGACGAUGAUGCUUCUUCCAACGGACGCGACGAGGAGGAGGAUCGUCGCUUAUGGACAGCCCUCGCUCCUGCUACUCCAAGACGGCGUCCCAGCGCCGCCGGAACGGGGCGUGCAGCCCGGCGUGGUUCUACAUCCAUGCAUGGUGCGUCUAUGCAUGGUACUACCAGCAAUCACGAGGGACGACGAAGGCAGCACACUGAAAAACCGAGCCCCAGACGGCCUUCUCUACUAGUAGCACAGAGUAAUCAUGAAAGGCGACGGAGGCAGGACUUUUCUGCUGUAGCGGACAAAGGGAGCCGACCGUCUCUGGCAGAUAGGCGAGCCGUGAGCCAUCGUCAGUCCACCGCGGGAAAGGGGGUACCGGAGGACAUGGACAGUUCGUGGCUGGAGAAUGUUUCGAUCGAUACCGACAGCAACAACCUGGGAGCAUGCAACAAGAAUCGCCGUCGACAGUCCACCACAGGAGCAGUACCACAUGGUACAACCUUACCCCGCCGUUCCUUUAGCAACAAGAGCCCCAAGAAACAGCAAGAAGAAUGCGACAAUAUCCACGACAGGACCCCCCAUAGAAAGUCCACUACGGGAGCCGUACCACAAGGUACAACCUUACCCCGUCGUUCCUUUAGCAACAAGAGCCCCAAGAAGCAGCAAGAAGAAUGCACCAAUAUUGACAAAAAGAGUCGUCGUAGAAAGUCCACAUCAGGAGCAGGAGCACUGCAAGAUCCAAUCACACCCCGCCGCUCCGCUAGCAGCAAGAACCUUAAGAAGCAGCAAGAAGAAUGCGCCAAUAUUGACGACAAGACCAGCCGCAGAGGAUCCACAACAGGAGCAAAACCACAAGAUACAACCUUACCCCGUCGUUCCUUUAGCAACAAGAGCCCCAAGAAACAGCAAGAAGAAUGUGCCAAUAUUGACGACAACGAUCGUCGUAGACGGUCCACAAUCAGGCGGUGCUGCUCCUUUGAUAGUAUCAUCAAGAGCCCCAAGGAGAGUGGCAGAGAAGGUCGUUCCACCGCGCAUCAGUCCACCACUCCCAAGAAGAAAAACACCACGAGAGAACAACUACUGGGCAAUAAAGUACCAGUGAUGCCAGAACGAAGACCGAGGAUCAGCAACCACAAAAAGACGACAGCUCAAGACAAGCAUCAGGUUGGAUUGAGUCAAUCGGAGCAUCGUGGUGUUCGUCGCAGGCCCUCCUCUCACAAUAAAAAGUCCAAAUCGAAUGAUUGCAGUGCCUUUUGUACUCCACGAAGGAAGGGUUCCGGGAGGACACUGGACUUGCACAUGGAUCAGCAGGCAUCGAUGUCGUCCAUCACCAUGGCCUUUGAUGACAUUUCCAUUGACUACUGUUAUGUAUUCUCCUCCUCGAGUGACAGGCAGGACAACAAGCCCAAGGUGGCCAAUAAGCCAACCAAGUCUACUACCGACACCCCCGAGUCGAAAAAGUCGAAGGAGCUUUCCGUCAAGGUUGAUUUAAUUCGCCGCAAACGCCUUGCGGCCGCACAGCAGAAAGCUCAAGAACAGAUGCAAAGUGCUGCUGACAAGAAACCAGCGAAACUGGAAAGAGCGCCGUCCUCAAGCAAACAACAACAACAUCCAGCAGAACCCAUGCCUCCAGUGGCAGAAGUCGCCGUGUCAUGCCCCGAAGAAAGCAAUAAGGCUCUGAAGAUGGAUGAUGACGCGGUACUUGCCAUUGCAAUUGUUGCUCAGGACGUCAAUAAGGAAGACUCAACCCUCUCGGCUGCGGGCAGUAAUCAUUCUACCCACAGUAUUCGUUCUACUUUCAGUCGUAGAGAAGCAGCCUCCACUUGGGUUUGCCUUUGUGAUUAUGUUUCGGACAAACGAAAGCCGUUCUGUGGCAUGUGCGGUACAAAGCAGACAUGGACUUGCCGGGAGUGCCAGUCAGGUGACAACUUAUGCCUCUAUGCCUUUUGUGCCAUGUGCGGAGUCAGCAAACAACAAGCCAGCAACAAGAGCAGUGGGAAUCCCCAAGAAAAUAGUUGUGGUGGAGUGCCUGCAAACAAACAACAACGAGGGGACACGCCGGGGUCGCCGUCGUCAGUACGGAAUAGCUUUCAUACGCAACAGGUUUAG